CGCGGCCGCGCGCCAGGGCGGCGACUGGGGCGCGACGCCGGUGCACCCGACGGCCGUCGCGCAGCCCACGCCGAAGCGCAACCGCUCGCGCUGGGACGAGACGCCGCUGCUGAAGCGUCAGUCGGCGGGUCUCGGCGAGACGCCGUCUAUCCUCGCGGGCGCGGCGACGCCGCUCGUCCUCGACGGCGGCGCCACCCCCGGCCCGGACCAGCUCGCGUACGGCGCGCAGACCCCGGACGCGCGCGCGCUCGCGGCGGCGACGGCGGCGCAGGCGGGGCAGCCGCUGACGCCCGAGCAGUACAACGCGAUGCGUUGGGAACGCGAGGUGGAGGCGCGCAACCGACCGCUCUCGGACGAGGACCUGGACGCGAUGCUCCCGAGCGAGGGGUAUAAAAUUUUAGAGCCGCCGGCGUCGUACGUCCCGAUACGCACGCCCGCGAGGAAGCUGCUCGCGACGCCGGCGCCGUACGGCGGCGCGACGCCGGGAGGAGCGGGGGGGUUUUACCAGCUCCCGGAUGAAGAUCGCGGCCAGGUUUUCGACGUCCCGGAGAUGCCCGAGGGUUUGCCGAACAUGAAGCCGGAGGACUACCAGUACUUCGCGCCGCUUCUGAAAGAGACGGAGGAGGAGGAGCUGUCGUUGGAGGAACAGAAAGAGAGGAAGAUCAUGAAGAUGCUUCUCAAGGUGAAGAACGGGACGCCGCCGCAGCGAAAAUCGGCGUUGCGGCAGCUGACGGAUAAGGCGCGAGAAUUCGGCGCGGGGCCUCUGUUCAAUCAGAUCCUCCCGCUCCUCAUGUCGCCCACGCUGGAGGACCAAGAGCGGCACCUCCUCGUGAAGGUCAUCGACAGGAUCCUGUACAAACUCGACGACCUCGUCCGACCGUACGUGCACAAGAUUCUCGUCGUCAUCGAGCCUCUUCUCAUCGACGAGGACUACUACGCGCGCGUGGAAGGGCGGGAGAUCAUAUCUAACCUCGCGAAAGCCGCGGGGCUCGCGACGAUGAUCGCCGCGAUGCGUCCGGACAUCGACAACGUGGACGAGUACGUUCGGAACACGACCGCGCGCGCGUUCGCGGUCGUCGCGCAGGCGCUCGGCGUGCCGGCGUUGCUUCCGUUUCUCAAGGCGGUGUGUCAGUCCAAAAAGUCGUGGCAGGCGCGUCACACCGGCGUCAAGAUCACGCAACAGAUCGCCAUCCUCCUCGGCUGCGCGGUGCUUCCGCACCUGAAAUCCCUCGUGGAGAUCAUCGAGCACGGGCUCACGGACGAGAACCAGAAAGUGCGGACGAUCACCGCGCUGUCCGUCGCCGCGCUCGCGGAGGCGGCGGCGCCCUACGGCAUCGAGUCCUUCGACAGCGUCCUCAAGCCGCUGUGGAAGGGCAUCCGCGCGCACAGAGGGAAAGUCCUCGCCGCGUUCUUGAAAGCCAUCGGGUUUAUCAUCCCGCUCAUGGACGCGAUGUAUGCCAACUAUUAUACGCGCGAGGUGAUGGUGAUUCUCAUCCGCGAGUUUGCGAGCGCGGACGAAGAGAUGAAGAAAAUCACGCUCAAAGUCGUCAAGCAAUGCGUCGGCACCGACGGCGUGGAGCCGGAGUACAUCCGAACCGAGGUGAUGCCGGAGUUUUUCAAAAACUUUUGGGUCCGACGCAUGGCGCUCGACCGCAGAAACUACACGCAGCUCGUGGAGACGACGCUCGAGAUCGCGCUCAAGGUUGGCGUCAGCGAGAUCGUCGGACGCGUCGUCGAGGAUUUAAAAGACGAGAGCGAGCCGUACAGACGCAUGGUCAUGGAGACCAUCACGCGCGUCAUCGAAAAGCUCGGCACCGCGGACGUGGACGCGCGCCUGGAGGAGCUCCUCGUGGACGGCAUCCUGUAUUCGUUCCAGGAGCAGACGGGCGACGACGGCGACGUCAUGCUCGACGGGUUCGGAACCGUCGUGAACGCGUUGGGGACAAGGGCCAAGCCGUAUCUUCCCCAAAUUUGCGGCACGAUCAAGUGGCGUCUGAACAACAAAUCCGCGGAGGUGCGGCAGCAGGCUGCGGAUCUCAUCGCGCGCGUCGCGAGCGUGAUGAAAACGUGCGAGGAGGAGCAGCUCAUGGGCCACCUCGGCGUGGUGUUGUACGAGUACCUCGGGGAGGAGUACCCGGAGGUGCUCGGGUCCAUUCUCGGCGCGCUCAAGUCCAUCGUCAACGUCACCGGCAUGUCGAAGAUGACGCCGCCGGUGAAGGACCUCCUCCCGCGGCUGACGCCGAUCCUGAAGAACAGGCACGAGAAGGUGCAAGAGAACUGCAUCGACCUCGUCGGGCGGAUCGCGGACCGCGGCGCGGAGUUCGUCCCCGCGCGCGAGUGGAUGCGCAUCUGUUUCGAACUUCUCGAGAUGCUCAAGGCGACGAAGAAGGCUAUUCGACGCGCCACCGUGAACACCUUUGGAUUCAUCGCGAAAGCCAUCGGGCCCCAAGACGUCCUCGCGACGCUGCUAAACAACCUGAAAGUGCAGGAGCGACAGAAUCGCGUGUGCACGACGGUCGCGAUCGCCAUCGUCGCGGAGACGUGCUCGCCGUUCACCGUGCUGCCCGCGCUGAUGAACGAAUACCGCGACGCGCUCAUGGACCGUGACUUGGUGCAUCGACAGACCGCGGCGGUGACGGUGAAGCACCUCGCGUUGGGAUGCGCCGGGUUGGGAUGCGAAGACGCGAUCACGCAUCUGUUGAAUUACACGUGGCCGAACGUUUUCGAGACGAGUCCGCAUCUCAUCAACGCCGUUUCUGAGGCGAUCGACGGCGCGCGCGUGUGCUUGGGACCCGGGUUCGUGUUGGGGUACACGCUGCAGGGGUUGUUUCACCCGGCGAGGAAAGUGCGGGAGACGUACUGGAAGAUUUAUAACGCGUUGUACAUCGGGUCGCAAGACGCGCUCGCGGCGCACUACCCGCAGCUGGAGGACGAGGGCGAGUGCGCGUAUCGAAGGCACGAGCUCGACAUGUUCUUGUGACGACGACGGGAGGGAGGAUUGACGGAGGGACGGGAGGUCGCGCGCGGGGCGCGAACGCAGCGCGAGGCGCGGAGGGUAUCGUAAAGUAGAAGAAGAUGUAUUUGAAACGCUUACGGAAGU